AUGUCGCCAUCAUCGUACUGCCUCCUGCUUCUUUCCGCAUUGCUGCUACUCUCCAGUUUCAGUGAGUACCCUAACGUAGAGGCACGUUAUCUCGUCGUGCCAAAAAGAGUGUACUUCACCUCCCCAUCGGCGUCAGCAUCAGACCUCGGCGGCAGACAUGGCGUCGAGAGCGGCAAGGCUACACAGGGGACGAGUGAUCAGGAGGCUCUCUUCUAUCCCGGUCCGCAUCUCUCCCAGUACUUGAGCAAACGGGGGCCGGAGAUCUUUAUUCCCCUUAUGGAAGUGGUCACUAAUAUCUUGGCGUGGAUCCUUGAAGGAGAUAGUGAGGAGGCACGACAUGAUCUAAAGGCUACUGGCGACCAUCAGAUGCAUCUGAUCCCAUUCUAG